AUGGCACCCACCGCCCAACUCCCCGGAUCUCCCCCGAGGAAGCGGUCACGGAAAGCGGCGACGGACGACAACGUGACCCGGCCACUCUCAGCCCACAGCCAUGUGCAUUGGGGAAUCAAGCGCCCUCGGUUCGAAGUUAAACUCGACAGUGGCAACGAUCUCCGGAUUCCCAAGAGGGAACGAUAUUCCCCUUCGGUAGAUGAGAGCCCAUCAAAGAUAUCUGCCUCCAUAAGGUCAGACGCCAAGGCUGACAGUGACCCGGCCCUUUGCGCUGCUGGCGACGACGUUGUCGCCGCGGGUACCAGGAGCAGUCGCCAUCCUCCGGUCUCUCAGAAGACCGUCGCUGUCGACUCUGAAGCAGAACCGGAGGAACGUCACGGUUCACUCGGCCACGGAGACGACAAAGAGCCAAGGGCCGAUGACGGUGCCUCGAUCCUGCCUCAAGGAACGUCUGGCACGCCCGCUGCUAGUGUCACCAUAGAUGCGAAAGAGGGAGAUCUUGACGCAACCGUUAUCUCUGGGAAUUCACGCGUUGAUGUAAAGUCCGCUUCAGACCCUGUCGGUGGCCCACACAAGGACACCCCGACUACCCAUCUGACGUCUCUAUCGAGCACUGAAAGCUCAGCGGUCAGACCAGAUGGCGACAAUGCAGCGGCCAACGCCGCAAAGGAUGCCUCAGUAAAUCCCUCUGCGCACCUGGACUUACUUGGCAGCCCUUCGGACGAUACGCAAGGCGUCAGCACCCCCACGGCAUCUCGUCCUGACCAAGGUCCUGCCGUAAUUCCCGACUCGUCGGGCCACCUGACGGACAAGAGCCGCUCAAUCGAGCGUGAGUAA